UCCAGUAACCGAAGGACCUUCAGCUGAGCCCUCUACACAUGGUGCCACCACUCCAGAAGUGAGUUCUACACCACAUUCGACUGCAGAAACUUCAUCAUCUGAAACAAAUGCAACAUCCUUUACAACACCCGCAUCUCACUCCAACACAACUUGGGAAGCUUCAACAGCUUCAUACUUCACAACCCAUCCGGUCACCGAAGGACCUUCAGCUGAGCCCUCUACACAUGGUGCUACCUCUCCAGAAGUGAGUUCUACACCACAUUCAACUUCAGAAACGUCAUCAACUGAAUCAAAUGCAACAUCCUUUACAACACCCGCAUCUCACUCAAACACAACUUCGGAAGCUUCAACAGCUUCAAACUUCACAACUCAUCCAGUAACUGAAGGACCUUCAGCUGAGCCCUCUACACAUGGUGCCACCUCUCCAGAAGUGAGUUCUACUCCACAUUCAACUGCAGAAACGUCAUCAACUGAAUCAAACGCAACAUCCUUUACAACACCCGCAUCUCACUCCAACACAACUUGGGAAGCUUCAACAGCUUCAAACUUCACAACCCAUCCAGUCUCCAAAGGACCUUCAGCUGUGCCCUCUACACAUGGUGCCACCACUCCAGAAGUGAGUUCUACACCGCAUUCUACUGCAGAAACGGCUUCACAGUCCACUUCAAUGUCACAUCCUGUCACUUUAGUUCCUUUAAGUACUUCCUCUACAGACGCAGCUCAUAAAACGCCCUUUACCUCGACGUCUGCUUCAACUGCAGGGACUUUGACAACAGCAGCCCCUUCGACAACAACCGUCACCCAAGCAACAACUAAAAAACUGUGCAGUGAGUCGGACUGCGACUGCAAUGGGGCUCCUUGUGUCUACAAUGAAACAUCUGGACAAUGUCAAUGUAACUGCCUUGAGUUCACAGAAGGAAAAAACUGCAUUAAUGGGCAGAAUGAAACCACAGUUGUUAUAGAUAAGAAAACUGUGCCGACAAGAAACGUGAGCGUUUCUCUGAGUAUAAACAAGUCCUUUAAUUCCAGUCUGACAGACCCUUCAUCUGACCUCUACCAGCAGUAUGUUCGAAUGAUAAAACCCGAGCUCGAAAGACUGUGUAGGCAGGCAUCUCCACAAAACUUCAAACAAGUGAUAAUCACUGGUUUCAGGAAUGGCAGCAUUGUUACAGAAAGUUUAGUGACAUACAACUACCCCAACCAGGACUCAGAGAUACAGUACCUUAACAAUCAAUUAGUGGCUGUGUUAAAUUCGAUUUUAAACGACACGACCAAUCUCCGUAACCUGAGUGCUGCUGUUAACGCACCAGUAAAUCUGCUAAACACCACUGGAGAAACCCCAGCUAUAACAAACAUCACAGAAUUGAAACCCUUCGUUGACAAAUGCAGUCUAAAUUACGCAAACUACACAAUCGAAGUCGUCAAUGAAAGUCUGUCAUGCGUGGGACCCUGCAGCAGAAUAGCCGAUUACUGCUCUUACAAAGGCAGCUGCUACAAUCGGCCACAAGGACCAGUGUGCACGUGCUUCGUGUCAGACUUCCAGCAGUACACUGGGACGCACUGCGAGCUGUAUCAGAGGACGGCUGGGUUUUACGGAGUCCUCUUCGGCGUGCUCGGAGCUGCUCUGCUUCUCCUCAUUGUGCUCAUAGUGGCUGUCAUAAUACUGGCGAGGAAGAGGAAAGAGCCAUGGAACAGCAACGCGCUUCAUCCAAGACGAUGGUUCUCAUUGGACGAGGAGUAUUUCAAUUUUUCCCACACAGAUUUGGGUACCACAGCAUCAGCCUCUGAAGGAGUUUCCGGGAGAUCCGGAAGAUAUAACAUGGGUGAUAACCUCAUGUUCUCCAAUGAAUUCACGCCAGGCGUUUUCAAACCUAACUUGGAAAACGUCGACACCUCACUAGACGUGAGGACGAAAAGGCCGGAGCUGACGCCUUCUAGCGACCAAUAACGAUUAGAGUUCCUGUUUACCUGCUCCUGAGAACGCUUAUUUAUUUAUAUGAAGAAAAGAUUGUCUUGUCAUUAACAAAAGCAUGCAUUUAUAUGAACCUAAUUCAUUCUGCACAUCCAAACAUGCCACUUUAGCCCACCUGUUGGAUGUCUUUCUGAAUAAUAGUCAGAAACAUUUUUGAAAGCUAAAUCAAAAUUCAGUUCUAUAAAAAGGUCGUACUUCAAUCAUCAAUCAGCUGCUAAUUCUAUUUUCUUUUUAUUUGUUUACAUAUAUGCUUUAGCGAACGAAGACAAAAGCCGUGGAGAGUACAUGACGUCAUUCAUUUGAAUAUUCCGUGCUUUAUUAACGCAAGCGCCAUGCAUUAUUUUAACUGGAUCCUGACAUCAUGUAACCUGUUGGGAGGAAUGUAUAUUUAUAUUAAUAGAACACUGAACUACAGUCUUUAUCUAACCCUAAUUUAUUCAACAUCUAAUAAUGUUUUCUACUGCAACAGAUUGUUUUAUUUUAUAUCUGAAAACGUACAUUGUUGUGUAAAUUUGUCAUUUAUAGUACCUGCCUGUGUGAAAAACUCACGGUGUGAGAAUUUCAAUUUUUGCUCGGGUAGUCAGUAGAAACAACUGGCUCGCUCGUGUGAAAAUGUUAGACCACUCUGUGCGUUAAUUAAGCGUCUUAAACAACUUCUAAAAAGACAUGCAUUUCACCAUGUGUGGCUCUGUGGUCCCUUUCUAGUACUAUUUUAAAUGAACUUAUUAAAGUCACUAUUUUAAUUACACAAUCCCUCAUUUGCCUGUUGAAAAUGUUGCACUGCUGUAUGCUGACUUUAUAACAUGUAACUAAAUCAGAACGAUGUUACCUUCACAGUGUAUGACGCUUUACAAGCAUGUGCCCAUCUGUUUUACACGUGAACAAAAAUACAUUAAAAAUAUGAGUCUCGAAAUUGAAUUUUGUUUUUACUGUGCCUUCUGUUUACAUUGUGAUGGGUAUGAAGCUACAGCUGGUUCGACCCGACAUGAACCAAAUGAGGCCAACAGCGU